UAAGCAUUUUCUAUGAAAAUCGUUCAUGGAACUAGCCCAAAAUCUACCUCCACUCCAUUUCAAAUUGAAUUGAAUAAACCAAAAGGUUUAAACUUUAAGCCCAUCAUAAAACAAACAAACUACAGUCUGUAUUACAACUUUCUAUUACUCUCUUCACCUCCUUCGUCUUCUCUCUCUUUCUCCUCAACAAUGGACCCAAACUCCAUUGCAAUGGCGAAACAAAGAUGGGAAUUAGAGAACAACAUCCAAACUCUCGAAACAACCGACCCCACCGCUACAACCCCAACAACAAUCCCAACAGAACCAACCCCAUCUUCCUCAUCUUCCACCACCGCAACUUCCGACGCUCCCGACGCCAUUUUCUUCUACGACGAAGCAGCACAGACCAAAUUCCAGCAGGAUAAACCAUGGGUUAAUGACCCGCAUUACUUUAAACGGGUUAAGAUCUCGGCGCUCGCGUUGUUGAAGAUGGUGGUUCACGCUCGUUCUGGGGGUACGAUUGAAGUUAUGGGGUUGAUGCAGGGGAAAACUGAUGGUGAUGCGAUUAUUGUUUUGGAUGCUUUUGCUUUGCCUGUUGAAGGUACUGAAACUAGGGUUAAUGCUCAAGCUGAUGCUUAUGAGUAUAUGGUUGAAUAUUCUCAGACUAAUAAGCAGGCAGGACGUCUGGAAAAUGUGGUUGGUUGGUACCACUCUCAUCCUGGUUAUGGUUGCUGGCUUUCGGGUAUUGAUGUUUCAACACAAAUGCUCAAUCAACAAUUCCAGGAGCCCUUUCUGGCUGUUGUUAUUGAUCCAACUAGGACUGUUUCUGCUGGAAAAGUUGAAAUUGGUGCUUUCAGGACAUAUCCAGAAGGAUACAAGCCACCAGACGACCCUAUCUCAGAGUAUCAGACAAUUCCAUUAAACAAGAUUGAAGACUUUGGAGUACACUGUAGACAGUACUACUCACUGGACAUCACAUAUUUUAAGUCUUCACUUGAUUGCCAUCUGUUGGAUCUUCUGUGGAAUAAAUAUUGGGUGAAUACUCUUUCCUCAUCUCCUUUGCUGGGAAAUGGAGACUAUGUUGCUGGGCAAAUCUCAGAUCUAGCUGAGAAGUUGGAGCAGGCUGAGAAUCAAAUGGGCCAUACACGAUUUGGGUCUAUAAUCACUUCUCAAAGAAAGAAAGAGGAAGAGCCGGCACUUGCCAAGAUUACUCGUGACAGUACAAAGAUAACGGUUGAACAAGUUCAUGGUCUGAUGUCGCAGGUCAUUAAAGACAUACUUUUCAAUUCUGUCCGGCCAGAUCGGUCCCAGGCAGAGUCAUCAGAGCCCGAACCAAUGGUUGAGGCAUGAGUAUGGUAUGCAUCCCAUGCAAGUCCUGGAGUUUUAUAUAAGCUGAGGGUUUUCUUUUGAACAUUUUAGAUGUAAAUCCCUUGUUGAUUUUUGAGCACUCAUACAAACUUUAGGCUUCUUAUACAAUGAGUGACUGCGGAUCUUGUAGUCAUUAAUUAAAGGGUUUAAUGCUUAAAAUCAUUCCAUGUGUGAUAUUACUUGAAUCUGGUAUGAACCUUACAUGCUUGUUCACGGUUUUGCCGACUGAUAAAAGGUUCGCCGUCUUUGUGUUCUUCCA